AGAUGAUUCAACUUUAUUAUCAUAUUCAACAACAGCAACAACGUAUGCGAGAUUGUAAAAGAAGGUCAAGUAACUCGAAGAUAUUUUUCAAUGACCUCGAUACAAUCUUUUAACGAUACAAGACCUGUGCGCACUGAACAACUUACGUACGUCUUGUGACGCUCCGCACCAACUUCAAAUCAAACAACGAUUGCUGAUCCAGACAUCAUGGGUGGAGUUCAAUCGAAGCUGAAGACACUCAGUCUCGCUCUAAAAGCAAUACUCCAGAUUAACAAGCAGCUGGAGGAACUACUCAAGCGCGCCAGCCUACCACCGGGCUUGCCAGUCCCAAACCCAUCACAAUCAUAUUGGCUCGAGGACCCACCGUACCCGGAAUUAGUGGACAUACAAUCCCCGGACCUGCCGGACCAUGCCGAUAUCGUGAUUAUCGGGUCGGGGAUCACAGGAGCAGCCGUGGCACGCUCGAUUCUGCUCGAAUGUGAGCGGAAAGGCGAGACCCGCAGGGUGGUUGUGCUGGAGGCACGGACAUUGUGCUCUGGAGCGACAGGGCGCAACGGCGGGCAUAUCAAGUCAUCGCCGCACGAGCUGUUCGUGCGACUAAAGGACAGGCUGGGCCCAGAACGUGCCGCUGCUCUCACGAGGUUUCAGCUUGCGCAUGUAAACGUGUUGACGGAAUUAUGCAAGGCGGAGGGGUGGGACGUUGCGGAGUGCCGUGAAGUCGAGACGGCGGAUCUGUACCUUGAUGCCGAAGAUCGGGAUAAAGCCCUCGAAGAGGUCGAGGAGAUGAAGAAGUGGAUACCGGAGUUGGAGAUUGAGACGCAUGAUGCGGCCUCAGCGCAAAAGAAAUUCGAGGUCAAUCGAUUUGUUGUCGGUGCAAUAUCCUACACCGCUGGUGCACUUUGGCCAUAUCGAUUCGUAGCUACUGUCUGGAAGACUCUUCUGGCCAGGUUCGAGAAGAGCUUGUCCAUAGAGACCGGAACUGCAGUUACUGAUAUACAUGAAGGUAGUGAUAGUCAAUCAGCCUAUAAUGUUGUCACAACUCGCGGCACAAUAAGAUGCGAUCACGUCGUCCAUGCAACCAAUGGUUUCGCCAGCCAAUUCAUUCCGGGAUUACGAGGUAAAAUGAGUGGGUUCCAGGCGCAUAUGUCUGCUCAACGCCCAGGCAAGCAAUUUUCAAAUUAUAAUGGCUCUCGCUCCUGGUCUGUCGUCUACGGCAAGGCAUUCGAUUAUGUCACACAACGUCCAACCAUCGAUGGAGUGCAAGGCGAUAUCAUGCUUGGAGGCGGGUUUGACCGCGCCCGAGAUCAGGGCAUGAAUGUCAUCGGACGUUGGGAUGACAGCGCCGAGACUUUUGACGCGCUGACGAUCAAUCACAUUACUAACAUAUUUCCCACCAUAUUUUCACCUAAAUGGGGCGAUGAACAAGAUGGAGGUAGAAUAAAACGGAUAUGGACCGGUAUAGUCUGCCUUACUGGGGAUUUCCUCCCCUUUGUUGGCAGGCUUGACCAACAGUUGACGGAACGCCGACCACCUAGCACACAGCCAUCUGCUGGAGUUUCGGGUGGCGAAUGGGUCGCUGCUGGCUACUGUGGCGAUGGGAUGGUAUGGGCUUGGCUCUCAGGCACGGCUUUAGGAACGACCAUCAUGGGGAGUGAGAAGGACGAGCUACCAGCAGUUCCUGGCCGGCUCCCGGGGCGAGUUGAAGAUUGGUUUCCUCGGGAACUCAUGCCUACGCUGGAGAGAGUGAAGAAAGCCGAUCUGGUGAAUAUGGCAGAGUAUUUGCUUUGAAGUGGUGGUCUUUAUCACCGCGCAAGUUGGGAGUUGAUAUCUGACGUUCUGCUUUUUGAAGCAUUAGUCUCACAAUAGGAUACAGCGAUUGAGAUCAUAAUCCACAAUGGGGUUGGAUUGAAUUUGUAUUGAGUUUCGAUCCGGACUAGCAGUGUAAUGGUGUACGUUGUAAUCAGAAGAGCACUAAGUUGCAAAGUUGAGA